AAUCGAUCAGGAAGCUUCGAUCAGUGAAAAAAAGGUGCUAUGGACGUUUACUGAGCAAUGAAAAUGAAAUCGAUGCGACCAAAUCUACCUUUCUAUGACAAUAUGCCUAAGUCAACAGUCUUCCUAGGACUGCUUUGUAUUUGGACACUUGGUGUACAGAUCGUAAAUUGUCAACAAUAUUCUUCAUCUCCAUCAGCAGGAGUAACAGCAAAUGCUAACCUUUGUCCUAUCAUGAUACUUACACCCGAUCUAAUUGAACCCUAUUAUGGGAAGAGCGUGACGUUUAAGGCUGUUGUGGAAGCAAAACUGAAUUCUCCACUGGAGGCUCGAUGGCAAAGCAUUAAGAAUGGUCGUAUUGACGAUAUUGAUAGAUACCAAGUAAAAUAUCACGAGACGCAACAUUUACCUUCUCCACAACUUGUCAUUGAUAACGUCAACUUUGAUGACGUCGGAGAAUAUCAACUGCAAAUCAGGAUUUCUGGAGGCUGGUGUACUAGCAGUAGAGUUAACUUAAGGAGAGUCUGGGGAAUUUUACUGUAUAAUGAAGGAUGUACUUUCUAUGGGGAAUGUGAUCAAAGAAGAAAACAUUUACAAUGCUCGAACAAGAGAUGCCUGUGUCAACCUUCCUAUUACCGCUACCAUCAGCAGUGUUUUGAUAGGUAUCAUCUCGGUGCAGUCUUUGUGGACUGGAACAUUACAAGAUCUGAGAUCAAUGUAAAGUGGAGAGAUCCAGACAAACACCCUGACCUGAUACAGUCCUACAGAGUCACUGUUAAAGAGUAUGGCGGAUCUACUAGAGUAAAUAGUUCUGUUGGCAGAGAAACUAGCUAUAGCUCUGAACUUAACUUUGACCCUGGACAUUUGUACUAUUUUACAAUUACAUCUGUUGUACAACUAAACGAUCCAGAAGAAACGAUUUACGUGGUAAGCCAACGGCAGCUAGUUGUAGAACCACUCCCUCCUGGUGCUAUAGAUAGAAACACCAGUAACUUCCAUCCUGAAAAUCUUCAUCUAAAAUGGACAGCUCCGGGAAACAAAACAUAUGUCGAUCGAUACCAAAUAAACAUUGAUGGAUACAACUACUACUCAAGUUCAACUGAAACAUCCAUUUCACGAAGAUUGGAACCUGGUAGAAAUUAUACGGUUACAAUUGUAGCAGAAAGCUGGUAUAGGUAUACCUAUCAAAGAAGAAGUGAGCCAUAUAUAGAGGAAAUCGAAACAUUAAGCACCCCGAAAGUUAAUAUCACCAGGAGCAGCUCAGUCAAUGUCCCUUAUCUCUCCGUCCUGGAAAUCAAAGCUUCGGUACAAAAUUUUUCUGACUUUCCGCCGACGUUAGAAACAAAAUGGCAAAGGAAUGGCACAGACAUCAACAUAACAGACAUCCGAUAUACCGGCAGUUCUCUCGAUCUGUUCAAUCCUAAACUGGUCAUCAAUAGAGUGGAUUUCGAGCAUGAUGAUUGGGCAGUGUAUCGAUGUGCUGCACGGAACUCAGAAGGAUGGGGAACUAGCACAUACGACACACAAGUCCAUGUGAAAGGGAGUAUUAAAUUUCUUGAGGCGUGUAAUCACUCAAGGGAAUGCCUUGAAGAUAGAAGUUUGACCUGUGAUAUCAACAAAUGUCUGUGUAAUUACUAUUCUUACCACAAAAACAGAGUUUGCUACAGCAGAAGUUAUCUACGAGUUCAAUCACUUCGUGUUCAAUGUUCCACGUGUGAUAUAACGAUUACAUGGGAUCCUCCGUAUAGGGACCAGGAUCUGGUGUCGGGGUACCAAGUCAUUACAUCAGAGUACCACAUCGUUACAGGAGGGUACCUACGUCUUACGCAGUCAGAGACGGUUUCUGUUGGGAAUAAGACGGAAUACACGACACCUUGUAAACUACAACCUGGACGGCUAUAUAGAAUUGACAUCCGAUCUAAAAUUCUCUUAAGAGAUCCCGAACAGGAAAUGAAUGUAGAUCACAGUUACAACAUAAUUCUAGAGCCACUAAGACCUGGACCAAUCCUACGCAGUUUGAGUAACUCCUCGGCUGACAAUUUGUAUUUAAGAUGGGAGGCAUCUCGACAGAAUAGCUUUGUUAGCCGCUACAGAGUCACGAUAGGGAACCGUAGUCAAGAAACAACAGCCAGUGUUCCGGAGAUCUACUGGGAGGAACUUCUGCUGCCCGUCACUCUGUAUAACGUCACCAUUACAGCUAUCAGUUACGGAUAUAUAACUAACUAUCCUUCUUACGGAACGAGGGAGAGUCUUCCAUCUACAGACUGGAUACACACAAGGGAAAGUCAGUACACUGGAAAGGCAUACAUGUCUUAUGGAGAUGGGGAUUACGUCUUACGAGGAGAUGACGUCACGAGUGGGCCCCUUAGAUCCCCUACAACAGUUUACGUCGGAGAUGGAUCGGAUGGAGGGUUCAAUUCAGUUUUUAUUGGUUCUAAUGGCGUUAUUGGACUUGGAGAAAUGUUCAACAGCAUCACAGUACAUGAAAUGGAUUCCAUCAAACUCAAAGACAAACGAAUCAUUUGUCCUUUUUGGACGGAUCUAUCGCCAGGCAACAAUGGGAAAGUGUACUAUAACUCAUAUAGAAGGGGAAUAGAGGGAGCUAAUGUAGACUCGGUGUUCAUGGAUAAAGCGGACAGUAUUGUUAAGCAGCAUUUCAAGGAUCUGAGAGAUUUCAAAGCCACGUGGCUCGUGAAAGUUACGUGGGAAAACAUGACACUGUAUGGAAAUGAGGAACAGAAUGUCACAUUCCAAUGUUUCCUCAUCACGGAUGGAGAGAAUACUUUUACAGUCAUCAACUACAUAGAUGUAGAUUUAAAACCGAUAAGCAAUCGUAAAAUUUCCAUAGGAUAUCGUUACAAACAAUUUAUCACUAAGAACUCCUUCACGAACCAGAAAGGAGCGUUCAGAAUGAGUGUAGUCCCAGGAAACAGAGGGGGGCGUGGUUUCUGGAUUUACAAAAUGACAGAGGACGUACAAUUGAAGAGAGAUGAAAAGGAAUGUUUGUUAUGGCACUCUUAUAACAUAGAAAAUCGAAUACAUAAUAAAUUGUCACCCGUCUUAAAUGACAUUGAAUGUCCUUGUGAUCCUCGUCUAUUGAGGUUUGAUCCACGUUACGUCAUCAACAGAUUUGACCGCGUGAACAGAGUGCUGUGUUAUGCUUCAAUGACCCUAAGAACUAAUGUGGAAUGUUGCUUCAGGAUGUUCGCCGAUACGGAACACUUAGGUCCCUUACAGCGUUCUCUACCGCUGGCGGGGACAGUCUUGCAGUAUAACCCGUUCUUUGAAAGAUAUCAAUACAAUAACUUUGACUCAAAGCCCAGAGAUCAAUGUUGUGGUACAGGUCAUUGUGACUUGUACUAUAAAGUCCGCCCUAUCCCACGGUGUUAUUGGAGAUCACCUUUCCGACCUGGAAUUAAUUUUGGAGAUCCUCAUAUCACUACACUGGAUGGUCUGGACUACACAUUUAAUGGAUACGGGGAAUACACCAUGAUCAGGAUAAAUACCAGCAUAACGACCUUUGAACUCCAGGCUCGGACAGAGCUGGCUACGACAGAAAAUGGAACUACUAUUAAUGCUACUAUAUUUAGUGGCUUUGUGGCACAAGACCAAACGGGCUCAAAAGUACAGGUCGAAAUGUCACGAAACAAAAGGGGAAUGAUAAUUCGAGUUAAUGGAGUGGACCUGACAACUAAAUUUGAAAAUUCCAACUAUACAUUCCGAACACCAAAUGUGUCUUUGCAGUGGGAAAAUCGCACAAUAUCAGUAACUUUUCUUAACGCCUAUAUAACUAUGAAAAUCAGCGUUGGGAAACGAUUCCUGAUUUGCGAGACACUAGUCAACAAAAAAUAUGAAGGUCUAGUAUUAGGUUUGAUGGGAAACUUUGAUGGAAACAAAACGAACGACUUCAUUCUCCCAAAUGGCACUGUGUUAACAGAAAAUGCAACUAAAACCGAAAGGGGCAUCUAUUACAAUUUCGGACAGUUUUGGUCUGUCAAUGAAAAGUCCACUCUAUUCCACUAUGAUGACGGAUUAACAUACAGGGAUUUUUCGCAUCCUGAAUUUGUGCCACUAUUCACUGACGAAGUGGAUAAAAACCGCAUCAAGGAAGCAAAAGAGAAAUGUGGAUCCAACCCAUCAAACGCUUGUGUCGCGGAUUACUUAGCAACAGGAGACAUUAAGUUGGCUAAAUCUUCUGGAAAUAAAGAGCAGGAUUCAAAGUCAGAUGUCGCAGUCAUCGAAAAUGAAACACCGCAGAUAUCAGGAAAUACCACGUUACAUGUUGUUGUCAAUAAAGAAGUGGAAAUGAGGUUCAAUGUUUCUGAUGAUGGGGAAGAAACCCCGACAUACAGAGUUUUAAAACAACCAGACAAUUUCCUACUUGACGAUGAAACGGGAAUAGCACGAUGGACGCCGCAAAAUGCUAGCAUUUCUGAAAUAAGUAUUAUUGCUGUAGACAGCCAGGGCGCACAGUCCCCCUCCCUCGAUGUCUCCAUCAUAUUUUGUACCGGAUGUAGUGACAGUGGGGAUUGUGAUUUCUUCAAUACUAUACCCACAGGAAAUGACCGAUUUCGCACGACAGCCUGCAGCUGUAACAUCGGAUAUUCCGGAGAUGAUUGUGAGAUCGAGACAGACGCCUGCCUACAGAACCCCUGUCCUCUGGGUAGGGAUUGUACUGACCUGUCCCCCGAGGAAGAGGUCAGACUGGGACGAGGAUACAACUGUUCAGAAUGUCCCACUGGAUAUAACGAUGUCGAAAAUAAAUGUCAAGAUAUCGAUGAGUGUAUAUCGGCUGAAAGUAAUUCUUGUGAUAUGGCCAAGGAAACUUGUGAAAACACAGAUGGCAGUUAUAUAUGCACUUGUCUUGAAGGGUACAGAAAAUUGGACGACACUUGUAAUGAUAUAAACGAGUGCAUGGAAGGCACGUCUGGAUGCCAACAGCUUUGUAGAAAUUAUAUUGGUUCAUUCAGUUGCUUGUGUCACCCAGGAUUCAGUCUGAAUGAAGACAAUUCUACCUGCAAUGAUAUGGGUGAUGAUCUCUGUCGAAAUUUUGAGAAGGAAUGUGAGUAUGCUUGCAGUACUAUAGACGGAAUCACCCAGUGUAUAUGUCCAUCUGGGUACCAGCUCACAAAUAAUGGGAUAAACUGCACAGAUAUUGAUGAAUGUGCACUGGAUACUACACCAUGUGAUCAAGAAUGCCUCAACAUGAACGGAUCAUUCCAAUGUGUAUGUCGUCCUGGUUACAGUCUGAACGCAGAUAAAACUUCCUGUUCCGUGUGUGAGCUACCAAACUACGGUGAGAAAUGCAACCAGGUGUGUGAGUGCGGUUCUGGUGUAGACAGGUGUGACCCUGUUAAAGGAUGUGUCUGUCUCUCGGGAUGGACCGAGAAAAACUGCAGUGUCGACAUUGAUGAGUGUCAGCUAAACCCAACUAUAUGUGGUAGCAAUAAACUCUGUCAUAACACUGAAGGUUCUUACCGGUGUGAUUGUUUACAAGGAUUCAAAUUAAUCGAAGACAAGUGUGAAGAUAUCGAUGAGUGUGACGAUGCAUCACUGAAUGACUGCCCGGUGGACACUACACAGUGUAUGAACACGUUCGGUAACUAUACCUGUGAAUGUAAGGAAGGAUAUCAAAGAAAAAACUCUGUCUGUGAAGAUAUUGAUGAAUGUAAGACUCCUAUUCACGGAUGCUCCCAGAAAUGCGAAAACGCCGAUGGUGGAUACAGUUGCCUGUGCUUCUUCGGAUUUACACUUAAGGAUGAUCGAAAAACGUGUGAAAAGAUGCCAGCUCGAGAUUCUUGUUCCUUGUUUCCGGAAUUAAACUGUUCCUACGGUUGUAAACAAGUCGCACAUGACGAUCACACUGGAAUUUGUUUUUGUGAGACAGGAUACAAACUUGCAGUGGACAGGAAAACAUGCAAAGAUAUUGACGAGUGUAAAGAUGUUACAACCUGUUCACAUAAUUGUACAAACAAAAAUGGAUCAUUUACCUGCGGUUGCGCCAUUGGUUACGCACUACAAAAUGACAGGAAAUCCUGCAAAGAGUGUAGUCAGUAUUUCUAUGGCGAGAACUGUGAGACAUCCUGUAAAUGUGGACGAGGUGCCAGUGGUUGUCAUCAUGUGAAUGGCUGUGUCUGUAAGCCCGGAUGGAUAGGUGAAACGUGUGAAGUGGAUAUCGACGAAUGUAAAAAUGAUCCAUGUGCUGGGGAUCACGUGAUCUGUCUGAACACCCCCGGAUCAUUCCGGUGUCAAUGCAUUACAGGGUUCCAAAACUUCACUGGCGAGUGCAAAGAUAUCGACGAAUGUCAGGAUCCUCUAGCAUGUCAUCAGAAAUGUACAAACUUUGACGGAAAUUACACCUGCAGCUGUAAACAUGGUUUUGAACUUAUAAAUACGAAGGAUUGUAAAGAUAUAGAUGAAUGUAAAACCGCCCAGUGUCACCAAUGUUCCAAUCGACCGGGGGGCUUCACAUGUUCGUGUCAGGAAGGCUAUCAACUGAACGCAACAACGCUGAAUAGAUGUUAUAAUAUUGAUGAGUGUGUGGGAAUUAUUCACAACUGCUCCGGAGGGGCCAUCUGCACUGAUACUAUUGGAAGUUUUAACUGUAACUGUUUGAAGGGGUUUGAAGGCGAUGGAUACUUCUGUACAGCCUGUAAAGACUAUACUUUUGGGGAACAAUGUUCUGACAAAUGCACGUGUGUUGUCAACAACACAAAGGAAUGCGAUGAUGUAUCCGGUAAAUGUCAAUGUAAGACCGGAUGGGGAGGAACUAAUUGCUCGGAGGAUGUGGAUGAGUGCAAGAUGAACAUCACCAAGUGUGACACUAACUUAUAUCAGACAUGUAUUAAUACACCAGGUUCCUCCCAUUGUGAAUGUCGUUAUGGCGGGCUAAACCUUUCUGACUGUAUUCGUCCAAAGUCACCACACAAACCAAAAUCAACAGACGUCAAAGUACGUGCCGAAAUCAGAUUCAACUUUGAAAUAUCUAGGAAUGAAUUUCUUAACAACAGCGAAAAGUGGCGUGAAGACUUUGAAAACUCGCUGGCGAAUUUCUACAGAAAGAGUGUUCGCAGAUUUUCUGCUGUCUUUGUCCUGUCUAUUCGUCUUGGGAGUAUCAUUGCUGAUAUAGAAGUCCAUGGACCCAAAACUGAUACAAAAGAUCUGCAGCGUAACAUGGUUACCAGCACAUUGAGAUUGCUAUCUGGAGAAGAAAAGCUUAUUCUUAAUGGCCAUGACGUAAAUGUCAUAGAAAUGGCACAAAAAGAUGACAAUGGAAGAUCGGUUAUUUCUAUAACAAAGGCAUCCUCACCAUGUGUUUUGUUCACAAGUCUUGGUCUUUGUAUGCCUGGAGAAAAAUGUCACUCUUCUGCGGGUGUAACAACUUGCGUAAAGGAGAAAUCAGAAUUAUCAGACUGGUCGACACUAAUUGUCGUCCUGGGAGUGAGCAUACCUUUAUUGAUAACAACCAUCGUUCUGAUCAUUAUAUGCAGAUGCUACCAACAGAGGCCCAAGAGGAAAGAAAUAAAAAAGGAAUUGGACAACACAGACAUUAGACCGAAAAUGGCUGGAGACUUUAGAGAAAGGAACUCCUAUUCACAACACACUAUGGAUUAUAAUCAUGGAGAAUACCAAGAAUUGCAUGAUGUUUCCAGAGAUAUAUCUGACGUUUCCUUUGGAAAGCAAUCAGGUUAUGGAGAUAUAAAUGCAGGUUGCAGUAAUCCAAAUUACACAUGGGAUUCCCUCCACGAGAAACUUCAACAAAACAAACAAUUUCACAUCACACAGCCUACUCUCAACCCCAAAACGACACACCAAUAUUGAUUGGACAGAAGAUCGAUUGUGAAGAUGUUUGAUACUGAUCAACGAAAAUGACAUUUACUACAUAUUAUGAUAUACAUUUGUUGUUUUACUUUUAUAGAUACAGAUAUUGUUUGUUUAACAUUUAAUCAAGAUAUAUUGUUCUGUUUGAAAUAGUUGAUUUUUAAAUAACAAAAAGGGUUUAUUUCAAAAUAUCCCGAAUUUUUGACUGCUAAAUGCUCUCAAUUGCUUGAAAAAUCAAAGUUCAUUUUGUCGAUGAAACAUUUACAAGGUCAAUGAAUAAGCCAAGAACCGAGGUAUAUUUGUUUAACAUUUUAGUGUAAUUUUUGUGCAUAGAUUUAGAAGUGUUUUCUAGAAUCAUUAUUAUAGCAUAUAUCCAUUAACAGAUGUUGUAUUUUCAACAGAUUUAUUAUCGAAAUAUCUAUAAUUUUCUUUUGAUUUAUUAGAAUGUAGUCUUAUACAUACGCCGAAGCAAUACAAUUUGCUCAUUAAAUUUAGCCACUAAAAUCAA